AUGGCAACUAUGGCAUCUGCUGCUCGCGAUAUCCAUGCGACCUCCCCCCGAGACACCUUAGCUGGUGUAGCGGCCCGGAGCGUCCCUGUGACGAGAGCUCACCCUCUUCCCCUUCCUACCCCUCCCAACUCGAUCUCUCCUGCCCUCCCUCCUCACGGGCUCAAAGCCCAGCUGCAGAAGGCGAAGCUCGAAGCCAUCGACUCAGACCUCGACCUGCACGAAGCGCCUGGCAACGCCGGCGCGUACGGGUCUCCCCCCUUUGACUCUGCCGGCGCGAUCACCCCGUCGAUGCUCGCCAAGUAUCACCUGCCGGAGAUCCUGCUGAACCACGGCCCGCUCGCGAUCCGCCAUGUCAUGGGCUAUCUCACGACAUCGGUUCCCGGUUUCGCCGGCAUACCACCUGCCAAGGCGAGGAGACUGGUGGUCGGCGCGCUAGAAGGCCGAGGAAGUGGCGGCGAAGGUGGCGGCUUGGAAGGCGACGUGGAGUUUGAGAAGGUUGGUUGGGGGCGUUGGGAUGCGCGACGCCGGGGCCAGCCGCGACGGGCAACGAGCACGGAGCGGCUGUCCCCAACCUCGCACCCGUCUGGGAUCCCUAUCACUCAGGGUUCUGGAUGGAACACGGAGAGAGCUCGCUUGGCUGGACGGCGAGCCAGCCCGGGCGAGUCGGCGGCAUUCUCGCACGACGAUCACGACAUCAUGAUGAUGGAACACGAGGCGGACAGGAUGUCUAUGGACGGAUCAGCCUCUGCCUCCUGCUCGGAGGCUCCAGAUGAUGAUGUCAUGAUGAACGACGACCCCGAGGAUGCCACCGACGACGAAGACUGGGGCGCAAUGGGUGCGGCCGCCCUGCGCGCAAACUCCUAUUCCAAGUCGGCACAGCCGGGUUUCAUGUCGCGUGCACAUGCUUCGGGCCCUGGCAUGCGCUCCGCUUCCUAUGCCUUUGGUGGCAUGGCCCGCGAGCCUCUGGGGGCCCGCGACUUUGGCUUCACUCCCAUGGGCGUCGCCUCGGACGCUCAGGAACGCGACGCAGUCGAAGCCCUGCUUCGGCUGGGUUCUGUAUAA